UGAGAAAAAGCCAAAACCGAACAGCAACAGAGCAGCGCUUUUUAUUCCUCACUGCAAACCAAACCAUGAAGAAGACGAAGAACCCCACACUCCGAGAGAGAAGAGGACCAAUGCAGCAGAAGCGUCGAACGGUUCCACUGGGCAUGCUCAGAAGGUUUCUCGCCGCCUCCAUAUUCUCCAUAGUUGUCACUUCUUUCUUCUUUGUUCACGUUCACGUUUCUCCUUCGCCCACUCAUCACAACUUCAGUGACAAGAUCCCCUCGUUUUAUGACCCGCAAAGCUGGACUCGAGAACUCGUUCCGCCCUAUCUAUUCAAGACUCCGCUCUCUGUUCCCAAGUCGAAGGAUUCAAGAAAGGAGUCAGACUACGAUAAAUUGUGGAAGCCUCCACCAAAUCACGGGUUUAUAACCUGCACGAAGCCUACUCCUAAUUACACAACUCCGACAAGGUCACGGGGUUACCUUUCAGUUCAUACAAAUGGAGGGCUAAACCAAAUGCGUUCCGGGAUAUGUGAUAUGGUAGCUAUAGCUCGUAUCAUCAAUGCUACUCUUGUGAUUCCAGAACUUGAUAAAAAAUCAUUUUGGCGUGAUACCAGCAAUUUCUCUGAUAUCUUCGAUGAUGAGUGGUUUAUUAGUUCUCUGGCUAAUGAUAUAAAGAUCAUUAAGAAGCUUCCCAAGAAACUGGUUAACGCAACCAAAAUCGUCAUGCAAUUCAAAAGCUGGUCUGGUAUGAAUUACUAUGAGAAUGAGAUUGCUGCCUUGUGGAAUAGUUUCAAUAUAAUUCGAGCUUCCAAAUCUGAUUCUCGGUUAGCAAAUAACAAUCUACCUCCAGAUAUUCAGAAGCUUCGCUGCCGUGCUUGUUAUGAAGCUCUUCGUUUCUCUCCUCGUAUUGAAAAAAUGGGAAAAACAUUGGUGGAGAGGAUGAGGUCAUUCGGCCCCUAUAUUGCACUGCAUUUACGUUAUGAGAAGGACAUGCUUGCAUUUAGUGGGUGCACACAUGAAUUAUCUCCAGUUGAAUCUGAAGAGCUACGGUUUAUCAGAGAGAAUACUACUUAUUGGAAAAGAAAAUACAUUAAUCCCAUAGAAGAGAGGUCGAAAGGAUUUUGCCCCUUAACUCCAAAGGAAGUUGGAAUUUUUCUUACUGCUCUUGGAUACCCAUCAAAGACUCCAAUUUAUAUUGCCGCUGGGGAGAUAUAUGGUGGUGAGUUCCAUAUGGCUGACCUGCGAUCUCGCUAUCCACUGUUAAUGAACAAGGAAAAGUUGGUAUCCAUGGAGGAGCUUCAACCCUUUUCUAGUCAUGGGUCUCAAAUGGCUGCUAUUGACUAUAUUGUAUCAGUUGAAAGUGAUGUGUUUGUACAUUCUUACCCUGGAAACAUGGCGAAGGCCGUUGAAGGGCAUCGUCGAGUUCUCGGGAGAGGAAGAACAAUAUCUCCCGACAGGAAAGGGCUUGUUCGUUUGUUUGAUAAACUGGAAAAUGGAUCAAUGACCGAGGGGAAAACACUGUCUAAUAAAAUUAUCGAUCUCCACAGAAGACGGCUUGGCUUCUUCAGAAAGAGAAAAGGACCCGUUGCUGGAACAAAGGGCUUGGACAGGUUUCGGUCAGAAGAAACAUUUUAUGCAAACCCUUUACCUGGUUGUUUAUGUCGGACAGAAUCACUCUCGAUAAACGCUUCUCAGUAUAGGUAGGCCAGAUAAAGGAAAAUAUUUUUCCUUUAUGUUGGCACAGUGUACA